GCGGAUGUUGAGAAAUCUCUCGGGCUGAGCAAAACUGCCUUUUGUCACACUCACAUCGACCAUAUUCUGAGUCAAAAUGGCGUUGCGACAUCUCGUCUUUGGAGCUGCGUGGGCCGGAUCUGCGGUGGCAGCCUCAGUAACAUGCGCAUCUAAUUUGCCGCUGAGUUGCCAGAACACCACCGCUGUCAGCAACACUUGCUGCUUCAACUAUCCGGGCGGCCAGCUUCUUCAGACGCAGUUUUGGGACACCGACCCAUCCACAGGCCCCAGCAACUCAUGGACUGUCCACGGCCUCUGGCCAGAUAACUGUGAUGGAACCUUUCAGCAGAACUGCGACGCAUCAAGAGCGUACACAAACAUCUCAGCAAUUCUCGCAAAAUCAGCGCCUUCUACGCUUUCGUUUAUGCAGACAUACUGGAAAGAUUACCAGGGCAACGACGAGAGCUUCUGGGAGCACGAGUUUGGCAAGCACGCUACAUGCAUCAGCACACUUGAUCCGGAUUGCUACACCAACUAUCAGCCAACCCAGGAGGUUGGAGACUUCUUCACGCGAACCGUGACCUUGUUCCAAAGUCUCCCCUCGUAUGACUGGCUUGCUGCUGCUGGUAUUGUUCCUUCAAAAACCGCCACGUACACUUUGGCGGCCAUCCAGGCGGCUCUCACGGCGCACCACGGCCACAACGUCGUCAUCAACUGCGAUAACGGCGAGCUGAAUGAGCUCUGGUAUCAGUUCAACGUCCGUGGAUCUGUUCAAACCGGCACAUUUACUCCUGUUGACCCCGUUGGCUCUGCUUCCACCUGUCCCAAGACUGGUAUCAAAUAUCUGCCGAAAUCCGGUAGCAGUGCACCUACGACGACUUCCAAGACAGCUUCCAAGACGGCGUCGAGCACUAAAAGCUCUGGCGCGUCAUCCACCAGCCCGGCGGGAGUUCUGUCCGGUAAAGGAUACCUGUAUGUCGAUACUUCCAGCACGACUGGCGAUGGGUUCCUGGUUAGCAGUGGUGCCUGGUAUCGCGCUGGCGGUACUCCGGCUACCUACACUGCCACUCCGAAUUCUGACGGUUCUACCUUUUCGCUCAGCUCCAGCAAGGGAAAGUGUGCCAUUCUGAGCGACUCUUCUUUGAGCUGCGCCAGCUCAGUCUCUACUGCCAGCGGCUUUGCCUACGAUGGCACGCACUUGACUUUCCAGGGAUCGGCCAACUUUUACGCAGCCGCAGUUCCAAGCGGACAGACUCAAGGCACUGUCUUUGCAAGCACCCAGGCUGUGUCUCUGGCACUCGCAUGGAAUCCUCAAUAAAGCUUUAGAUAGGUUUACUGAGUACGCCGUAUAUGUAACGAUUAGGCAAACGGUUAAGCAAAAAGAGAUGAGUGCGUGACCAGAUGAUGGGUUAUGACAAGAGACAUAGUCAUGGGCGAAAGAUACACAUGUUUUGGGACACUCGAAUUGCUUAAGAGAGCAUAUAAUGGAGUUUUCAAAGAGUCUUUUAUUAGUACAAAGGAAAAUGACGCACAGGCCUACAUCAAUAUCAAUAAUUGCUAACAAAUGAAAUACACCCUCGGAGCCUUGCAGCCCAAAUCGUAAUAGGCAUAAAC